GUCGCAUCCUCUUCGACGGCGUCGAUGCGCUUUGACGGCGCGCUCGCCGUGGGCAUCGCUGAGUUCCAGGCGGAUGUGGCGCCGUGCCCGCACGCCCACUUCAUGGUCUCGUGCUGCGCGUCAGUGAUUUCAGCCGAGAAUGCGUGCCACGAGCAGCUCUCUGUGGCGGAAAUUGCCGCGCCCGCGUUCGAGUCCUCUGCCAAGUUUGUCAAGUGCGACCCCCGCCACGGCAUGCGCAUGGCGCGCUGCGUGGUCCUGGCCAAGGCCGCGGCGCGGCCCGCGCGCGGGUGUUUCUGUUUGUGCGUCGGUGCCAACUACCAGCCUCCAACCGUGGCGCCUGGCGGCGACAUGGCGAAGGUGUUUGCUAUUGGUGGCGAGUCCUCCGACGACGACUCGCUGCUGGCCGUGGGGGCGCAGAUUGCUAUUGUUGGUUUGGACGUGGCGAUGAGAUCAUUCAUGCCCUCUCUAUCGGCGACGUUGCGCUUUGACGGCGCGCUCAACGUGGACAUCAGCGAGUUCCAGACGAAUUUGGUGCCGCACCCGCGCAUCCACUUCAUGCUCUCGAGCUGUGCCGCGGCGCGGCCCGCGCGCGGGUGUUUCUGUUUGUGGGUCGGUGCCAACUACCAGCCUCCAACCGUGGUGCCUGGCGGCGACAUGGCGAAGGUGUUUGCUUUUGGUGGCGAGUCCUCCGACGACGACUCGCUGCUGGCCGUGGGGGCGCAGAUUGCUAUUGUUGGUUUGACGUCGGCGACAGGCUCACCUCUCAAUGGCCUCUCCGGCACAGCCAUUAGCUAUGUGGAGGCGUCGCAGCGCUGCGGGGUGCGCGUGCCAGUGACAGGGGGCGAGGUGCUGCUCAAGCGGGACAAUCUACAGACCUCACUCGUGGAGUGGCAUUGGCUGACGGACUGCGACAUUACUCACGACGCUAGUGUCGCGCAGCCAGCGCCGAAGGAGGGCCAGGGCUGCCCGGGAUCGUGGCAUUUGACGACGCGGCGCCCCGGCGUCAUCGGCUCCCACAUCUGCAGUGUCCCGGGGGCCACGCCUGCGCCUGUGCAGGUCGCUGCCGAUGUCAGGAGUUUACUCAUGUGCAUGGGCGGCGACUUGGCGAAGGCGAAGCGCGCGUGCUGCAUGAUCAGCAACUCCACGGGCAUCGCGGGGGCGUUCUCCCUCGUCGACCACAAAUUCGACCUCGCACAUUCCAAGAGCGCGUUCGCGCGCUGGUACGUCGGCGAGGGCUCGGAGGGCGAGUUCUCAAAUGCCCGCGAUGAUCUGACCGCGCUGGAGAAAGACUACGUGGAGGUCGGCGUCGGGGCCGCCAAGGGCGAGGGCGAGGAGGAAGGCUACGGCGACGAGUUUUGGAUCAGGCUGCUCAGCGGCAGCGGGGCCGGCGCGCCCUGGCAACCCAAGAUUUACCUGCUAGAAGUUUGGCAUAUUCUGGCGGCGGGGGCCACGGGGAACGCGCCGUUGCGAUGUUGA